GCCCGGUGGUUGCCGAGAGACAAUCGAUCGAACACUUGACCUUGCACUUGACUCGAAAACUUGCCAGUGAGUCAAGUCACUUUCUCUCGCUUAUUGCUUCCGCUGUUCUAUCUUUCAUUCUUCUCCUUGCUGGCAGCUUUGCCGACGAUGACCACAGAUGCAGAUGCAAAAUAUGAGCUUAUUACUCGAAGAUUACAGGAAGUACUAGGCGGAGACAGUAUCAAAGCGAUCCUAGCGGAGGAUAGGUCACCGAAAUGUUACUGGGGUACUGCACCAACAGGCAGACCGCACAUCGGGUACUUCGUUCCCUUAACGAAGAUCGCUGAUUUCUUGCGAGCCGGCGUCGAGGUCACCAUUCUCCUUGCUGACGUUCACGCGUUCCUUGACAACCUCAAAGCACCUCUAGAGCUCGUUGGUUACCGAACAAAAUACUACCAAUUUGUCCUCCUCGCUGUCUUUAGAUCACUCGGGAUACCCACUACUAAACUCAAAUUCAUAGAAGGAUCGUCUUUCCAGCUGACAAAAGAGUACAGCCUCGACAACUACAGACUGGCGGCCAUUGUCACCGAGCACGACGCGAAGAAAGCGGGUGCGGAGGUGGUCAAGCAGGUCGAGAGUCCUCUGUUGAGUGGAUUAUUAUACCCCGGUCUGCAGGCACUUGACGAACACUACCUUGGUUGUGAUUUCCAGUUCGGGGGUGCCGAUCAACGCAAAAUCUUCACAUUCGCAGAACUUUACCUUCCACGUCUAGGAUACGCCAAGCGCGCACAUCUCAUGAACCCUAUGGUUCCAGGUCUCAGUGGCGGAAAAAUGUCCGCUUCAGAUCCUAAUUCCAAAAUCGACUUCCUCGACCCUCCAGCCGUCAUUCGCAAGAAGAUCAAGAGCGCCUUCUGCGAAGAGGGUAACAAGAACGACAAUGGCGUUCUCGCGUUCGUCAACUCAGUACUUAUGCCCAUUAGCCAGCUGCGCAUUGAAAGAUUGAAAGGGCAGACGGGGGCAGAUGAAGAAGAAGGAAAGGAUGCCACUGGCGACCAGGCUCCUUUCGUGUCGGAGGGCGCUCCUGAAGGAACCGUGUUCUCGAUCUAUAGGAAAGAGGAAUUCGGUGGUUCCUUGCAUUACAAGAACUUCGAAGAGGUUGAGAAUGACUUCGUGGAGAAGAAGCUGCAUCCGAAAGACCUGAAGUCUGCCGUCGCUGAUGGUAUCGUCAAGCUGCUCGAGCCCAUACAGAAGGCUUUCGAAGAGAAUGAAGAAUGGAAGUCAGUUGAGAAGUUGGCCUACGUCGAUCCGAAUGCCAAGCCUAAGAAGAAAAAGGAGAAGGUCUACCACCCCCCUCCACCAGGGAAGGGAAAGAACGUCAAACAACAGGAGAAAGCUGACGAGAAUGGCUCUGCUGCACCUACGACUGCUGAUGCUGCUACUACUGCUACUCCGGCGGAGCCACCUAGAAAUGAUGUUGUACCGGCUGCAGUGGAAGUCAUCAAGGCAGAGUCUCAGUCUUGAAUGUGGAUAAGACGUGUUUUGUUCUGCGAGAUUCGAAUGACAUUGUAUGUUACUAUUACAUCAUUGAGCUAGUCUGUAAGACGACUUGAAUGUCGGGUCUUCAUCUGGUGCGAAAGACCAUCCUUAUUUAGCGCCCAAACUGUUGGUGGCGUAGAGAUGCUACAUUACUAGCGCUGUCGGGCUUUGGAUGUUUUGACCAUUCCUUCUAUCUCCCUUCACACCCCUUAUUCCUCUAUAUCAUUGUCCGAAACUGCGAGGUUCUCACCUUUCCCUCAUCAAGAUGAGGUGCAACUUGUCAUUU